UGGCACCGGGGCGGCGGGGGGCGGCUGCGGCGCUGCACCGCCCCGCCCCGGAACCUCGGGGCGGCGGAACGCGGGCCCCGGGACACCGGGCCCGAACGGCGGCGGCGCAGGGAGCGGGCCGGGGAGGCGGCGGAGCGGAGCGGGCCGGUCAGCGGGCGGCGAGGCGAGCCCCGGGCCCGGGCGGGCAGCGCCAUGGCGGAGACCAUCAUCAUCCGGGUGCAGUCGCCAGAAGGGGUGAAGCGAAUCACGGCCACGAAGAGAGAAACGGUGGCCACGUUCCUCAAGAAGGUGGCAAAAGAAUUUGGUUUCAGAAAUAAUGGGUUUUCCGUCUACACCAAUAGAAACCGGACAGGAGAGAUCACAGCUUCACAAAACAAAUCCCUCAACUUGCUGAAAAUCAAGCACGGUGAUAUGCUGUUCCUCUACCCCUCCAGCCCAGCUGGCUCCUCCUCAGAGACCAUGGACACCUCUGUCUCCCAGGGCUUGAGGCCUGUGGGGGCCCCCCAGGUGGUGGAGGAUGAGAUCGACCAGUAUCUGAUCAAACAGGAUGGGAAGAUUUACCGAAAUCGAGACCAGCAGCUGUGUCGCCACGGCCCCCUGGGUAAAUGUGUGCACUGUGUCCCACUGGAGCCUUUCGAUGAGGAUUAUUUAAACCAUCUGGAACCCCCUGUGAAGCAUAUGUCCUUCCAUGCCUACAUCAGGAAGCUGACCGGAGGGGCUGACAAGGGGAAAUUUGUUGCCCUGGAAAACAUCAGCUGCAAGAUCAAAUCGGGCUGUGAAGGGCACCCUCCUUGGCCAGAAGGCAUUUGCACCAAGUGUCAGCCAAGUGCCAUCACCCUCAAUAGACAGAAAUACAGGCAUGUUGACAACAUCAUGUUUGAGAACCACACCAUUGCAGAUCGAUUCCUCGACUUCUGGCGGAAGACGGGAAACCAGCACCUGGGGUAUCUGUACGGGCGGUACACGGAGCACAAAGACAUCCCCCUGGGCAUCCGGGCAGAGGUGGCUGCCAUCUAUGAACCCCCCCAGAUUGGUACACAGAACAGCCUGGAGAUCCUGGAAGACCCAAAAGCUGAGGUUGUGGAUGAGAUCGCCGCAAAGCUGGGACUGAGAAAGGUUGGCUGGAUAUUUACUGAUCUGGUCUCUGAAGACACACGGAAGGGGACUGUUCGGUACAGCAGGAACAAGGACACGUAUUAUCUCAGUGCAGAAGAGUGCAUCACAGCUGGGAACUUUCAGAACCAGCAGCCCAACAUCUGUCGCCUUUCUCCAGAUGGUCAUUUUGGAUCCAAGUUUGUCACAGUUGUGGCUACAGGUGGUCCCGACAACCAGGUCCACUUCGAGGGCUACCAGGUCUCCAAUCAGUGCAUGGCUCUGGUCCGGGACGAGUGCUUGCUGCCCUGCCGGGACGCGCCGGAGCUGGGCUACGCCAAGGAGUCCAGCAGUGAGCAGUAUGUGCCUGAUGUCUUCUACAAGGACAUAGACAAGUUUGGCAACGAGAUCACGCAGCUGGCUCGCCCGCUCCCGGUUGAGUACCUCAUCAUAGACAUUACUACGACUUUCCCCAAGGAUCCAGUCUACACGUUUUCUAUUUCUCAAAAUCCAUUCCCCAUCGAGAACCGCGACGUGCUGGGAGAGACUCAGGACUUCCACAGCUUGGCCACGUACCUGUCCCAAAAUACUUCCUCUGUUUUCCUAGACAUCAUUUCCGAUUUCCACCUGCUCCUCUUCCUGGUCACAAACGAGGUCAUGCCUCUGCGGGACAGCAUCAGCUUGUUGCUGGAAGCCGUGAGGACCAAGAAUGAGGAGCUAGCACAGACCUGGAAAAAAUCAGAGCAGUGGGCCACCAUUGAGCAGCUCUGCAGCACAGUCGGUGUCCAGAUCUCAGGACUCCAGGAGUACGGUGCCAUGGGCAGCUCGACACACGCGGUCUCGGCGGCCAUGUGGGCCUGCCAGCACUGCACCUUCAUGAACCAGCCAGGCACCGACCACUGCGAGAUGUGCAGCCUGCCCCGGACCUAGCCCGGCUGACUCCAAUACAGAGCAAACCCUCGAGCAGCAGGAGUGGUGCUUGUCCCUUCCCCCUCCUCCCUUCAGCUUCCUGCCAUCGGGCCCCCCUGCCAGGCUGUGGAGCCGGGCAGGGGAGGCUCCAGCCCUCCCCAGUUCCUCCUCGCUCCCUUUCAGGGCAGCCCCGUAGUCGCCGCAGGAGCUGAGUGGCAUUAUUGUGAUGCUGGCCCCUGGCUUGGGAAACCAAGGCUUAACUUGAGGGGCCAGGCUGCCCUCUCGCCACCCCCAGGCAGCUCCUGGGCGAGCAUGUGGAUCUCGAGGGCGUUGCAGGCAGCCAGGACCCCUCCUCCCUGCCCAAAGCAGCCUCUCAGGACAGCAGAGGUGCCGGGGAGGCUGUGGCAUCUCCCUGCCCGCAGCUUUGCUCCCCUUUCCCUGCCCAGCCUCAGGUGCUGACAGCUUCCGUGCUCAGGGGCUGGGACACGUGGCUCUUCCCAGACAGCAGGUCUGCCAGGCCCCGUGUGCUGGCAGCGCUCCCGGCGCAGGACGGGCCCCCUUGGCACCGGGCAGGGGGUGGGCACAUGCCAGCCCUGGGCCUGGCACCCACCCACACUUGCUGCCUCUCGUGCAGCAGAGAUGCUUUGGCACCCAGCUGUGUGUGCCAGGGCAGGGGGGCUCAGACCUUCCCCCAUGCCCAAGACCCUCCUGAGUGCAUCCUCCCUGCUGCAGGGCUGGGGGUCUGGCCACGCUCCUGCCACUCGCUCUCCCCUUGAGACCCCGGCCGGGGGCUGCCCCGAGCCAGGCCGGUGCUCGCUGUGCCGUGGGGGCUCAGCCCUCAUCUCACGGGGCCUCUGCCCCCUCCUGGAGCCCCCCUGCCCUGGCACUGUGGGUUCUGGCCUUAGUUAAAUCCCUGGAAGGCCAUUUCCAGCUCCUGGCCAGCUCAUCUCGCCGGUGUUCCCGGAGCAGCCGCCCGGCCCUGCCGCGGGGCCCACGGGCUGCGUUUUGCUUUUCCCCUGGGUUUGUGGGUGCUGGGGGCUGCGGUGGUGCGUGGUGCCUGACCCGGGCGCAGGGUCUGCGAGUAACAUUGAAUAAAAGCACCCGUAACGAGA